AUGAGGAUCGGAAGGGGAUGUGAGCGUUGUCGCCUUCGUCAUAUUCGGUGUACUACUCGCACGGGGGCUUCGUCAUGUAAUGCAUGCGCUCGCUUAGGACGGACUUGUCGUCUCGAUCCUCCGUUCCGUUUCAAGACCGUUCGGCAUGUGUAUCAGAAGAGCCAAGGGACUGCCUCUAAGUUUGAGUUGGAAUGGGACUCUGCACAGACAUGGGUGAACGUUCCUCGGUCUUUGACCUUCGUUCACGAGUCAGCCGAAGAUUCAGCGGAUGGGAGCAUCAGUGAUGCUCCGAAUGAGCCUCAGGCCGAGACCCAGAUUCCGGGCGGCUCCCAUACAUAUAUCCCGGAUCCUUUCGUCGCUCACCUGCCUAUCUCCGGAUCUCUGAAUCCACACGAUGAGGCCAUUGGCAUCCCACAUGUGGAACCGGUAAUCUCGACUCCUUCAAUACACGAUGAACAACACUCCACCAAAGCCACGGCGAUCUCGCCGGGGGCUGUCAAUGACAUGGUCUCCCCUUUGGCAUCCAAUAGCACCUGGUCGCCGAUGACUCCAUCCACACCGCGCUCGACCUCCUCAUCGACGAUGACAUCGCGGGAGGCGUUCCUGUUGCGCUCAUACAUCAACAAAAUAUCGCACUGGUUAGAUAUCUGUGACUCGGGAUCUACUUUCAACACCGAGGUGCCUCGCAGAGCGCUACAUGUACCGAUGGUUUUGAAAGCAGUAUUAGCGCUCUCUGCACGACAUGAUGCGAUCAUGUCCGGCGGUAGUGAUUGGGAGGCCUCCGAAUACCACAGCCAAUGUGUAGAGAUACUGCUUGCCGCUCUUGCGCGGCCGGAGGAAACGUACGACGACAACAUGCUGAUUUCGGUCGUGAUCUUGCGAAUCUACGAGGAACUCGAGAGUACGACCGAUGAAAAGUGUCAUUGGCUUGGUUCCAAUCGGUUGCUCAAUACUAUGUCCCGAGCCGCAUCCUCUGGCGGGUUGACGGAGGCUGCUAGCUGGCAGUUUCUACGGCAAGCCAUCUACGCAUCCCUUGUCCAAAAUCAGCCUAUGCAGCUGGAUCUUCGGAACUACGAAAGGUCAUCUGUUUUCAAGCGGGGCGACGACGCUGCCUAUGCCAACACCAUCAUCUUCUACUGUGCCCGGAUCAUUCAACUCUGCUCGGAAGGCCAUGUAGCCGCCGUGGAUGAGGAGGACUGGCACGAUUUGUCCAGCAGCGUAGAACAGUGGUACCGCGACCGGCCCGUCAGUUGGCAGCCACUGCAGUACAAAGACGCCAAUCCAGCAGAGAAUCGACCGUUUCCCGAGUUAUGGGUCAUGUCACCCCCAGCCGUGGUCGGACUACAAUAUUAUCACACCUGCCAAAUUCUCCUCACGUCGUCCGACCGCCAUUGGGGCGUCGUGAGCAACUAUGAGCGUGCACGGCUCAGACGUAUAGAAGAGAAAGUAAUUGCAUCACACGUGGUGCAAGUGAUCGGGCUAUCUUCGUCGAACGAAACCGUCGAAAAUGCCUAUUUCAUGGCCUGCCACCUACUAUAUCGAUAUGGACACUGCCUGCGCCAUCCCGCCGAGAAGCGGGGAUCACUCAAAUUCCUGACUCAGGUGGAGGGCUCCGUGGGCUGGCGCACGGGAUGGAUUAUCCGCGAACUCGAGGAUCAAUGGAAUGAGCUGCAGGGAUUGGAUUCGUGGGAACUCGAGCUGCAGCCGGGACGGAUUCGGAACUGGGGCGUCGCCGUGCCUGAUGGAUUCAGUGUAGUUUCUACCCCGGCGAUGGCCGAGAGGGAUGGGAAUGUGAUUAGCUCGGGAAACCUGAGGAUAUCUUCCCAAUCCGACGCCGACACCCUCAAGGACUGUGAAACCAUCAACGGCCCGGUCACUGUCUCCUCCUCCUCCAGCGGUACCAUCAAUAUCCCCGAACUCCAAGACGUUAGAGGCCCGUUCACGGUCGAGGGAUCGUCAAAUCUCAAUGCCGUCACCGCGAGCAAUUUGCAAUCCGUCAGUGGGCCACUCACGAUCAGCGGUAAUGGGGCGCUGAACAGUAUUUCAAUGUCGAAUUUGCAGACUGUCGGGGGUGAGCUGAAGGUUCAGGGGAAUGAGGGGUUGAAGGAGCUGAAGUUGGAUAAUUUGGAGAGGGUUAAUGGGGAUUUGACCCUGGAUGGGGAUUUCGACCGGAUAUCGCUUGGGAAUCUGGACAAUGUCUACGGCAAAACAAGUAUUCAGAGCUCGGGCUCGUUUCAGUGCUCGAGUCUGGAUGAGCUUAAAUCGGACAAUAGAGCGUUCAAGGGCUCGUUCUCUUGCAAUGAAAAAGGGUCGGGGCUUAGCUCCGGCGCGAAGGCCGGUAUUGCGAUCGGUGUCAUCCUCGGAGUUAUUCUCCUCGCGCUCCUCGUCUGGCUCUGCAUACGUCGCAAAAGGAAGCAAAAACGGAAGGAUGCCGCCCUCGCCGGCCUCACUGCUGCUGGCGCCGCAGGGGCGGUAGGGAAGGAUGUCGAGAAAGCUGAGAAUAAAGUGCCUGCUGCUGUCUCCAAUAGUUCCCCGUCCAGCCAUGAGCCACCAAGUCCGCCGUCUGAUACCGAGGUGGUGGCGGCGAGUAAUAUACCCAGAAAGCCUCUUUCUCCACCCCCGCCAGCAUCGGUACCUGCAGCGUUGGUGCCUGGCGAUCGGUCUUCGAGGGUUCUUUCCAACCCGGAUGACCCGUCGUUGUUUCUGCAGGCGAUGCCGAGGCGGAGACCUUCAGAGUCGGAGGUCCCCAUGUUGGAUAGCGAGAACGUGCAUGAGGCGCCGGCGCCUGAAGUUGGGAGGCAACAGGAGGGGUUGUUUGAGCUGGAUGCUGGGCCUGUGAGUGGUAGGCAUCAGCAGGCUAUACAUCAUGAUUGA